CUGGAAGUCAAGAGAAGCAUCUCCGAUAAGAUAAGAAAGCUUCGACCCCACUUUCAUCUUCUCCCCUGUCCGCCAGACCCCACCACCCCGGUCCCCUCCGCCGUCACGGAGGGGAGCUGUGCCAGACUGCCAGGAGCACUGACGUUGUCCGAUAGGUAGCACCACCAACCGAAACACCAACAACCACCUCGAGAUCAAUCAACAUCCCGUCGCGAACCACCACACCACACAAUUAUCUGUCGUAGUCAUCACGGCGACGAAUACCAUAAACGACAGUAGCUUUGCGCGCGAACCAAAAGCUCCAUCCCAGCCUUGUUUGCGACAAACAUAACAACCUAACACUACCUUUACGUACGAAUCGCAACAGCCAGCUACUUGCUGCCCGCCCAUCACAAUGGCCACCGAAGUAGCCUUCGCCAAAACCUUCUUGGCUAUCCUGGACACCAAGCCAACCAAGAUCUCGGCCGAUCACGUUGAAGACCCGAGGACGUAUCCUGCUAGUACUCCUUUCACCCUCCCCCCCCACCCCUCCCUCCGCCCCUUCCGCAAGCCGUCGUCCUCCUCUCGCGCCGCCCCCGCCCCGGGCUCUACCCCCGCCUCCGCUUCCACCACCUCUUCCACCGGCACCACCACCCCCGGCGCCUCCUCCCCCUCCGCCACCUCCACCGGCCCGACAGUAACAGUGCACAUCCGCUCCCCCCGCAACCCCACCCUCUCCCUCACCCUCCCCACCCCUCAACCUCUGGCAACCACCUCGAUCCUAGACAUCAAGACCUUCGUCUCUGAAGAGACGGGUAUACCCGUGGAGAAGCUGAAGGUGUUGUUCAACAAGAAGCCUGUUGGUGAUGUCAAGUCUCUUAAGGAAGUUUUGGGGGGAGCGACGGUUCCCGAAAAUGGAGAAGUGGAACUCAGUUUGAUGGUGAUGGGUGGGCAGGCGACGUAUGAUUCUGAGGAGGCUAGGGCUGCUAGGGAGGCUAGGCAAGUUGCGAAGGCUGCUGCGGAGGGUGUAAAGGGGGGUGAGGCGCCGGAGGUGCCGGAGGUGGAGAUGAAGGAGGCAGAGACAGAAGCAGAGACAGGAACAACAACUGGGGAGGCAGCAGCGGGACCGGUAGCGCAAGGACUCAGUGGCGUGGCGGUGCUGGACACGGAAGAGUUCUGGGACGAUCUGAAGGGGUAUUUGCAGCAGCGGAUAAGGGACGAGAAGGCUGCGGAGGAGGUGUUGGGGAAGUUUAGGGGGGCUUGGGGUGGGAGGUCUUAGGAGGUUUCCCUGCUCCUGGGCUAGUCAGUUAGGGGUUGAAGAAGGAGGGUAUGAAAUGAGGGGA